ACUACGAAACUUCCAACACCUCUCAAAUGCAAUAACCGACGUGUCCACUUUCCUCCCAAUAUAUUUCUGUAUCAUUAAGCCAGACGGCCACCAUGGAGGUGACCAACAAAAAGCUUCAAGUAUUCUCUUCAUCUCCAAAUAAGCUGGACACAGAACAGAACGAUCCUGAGACGGUCAAACUGAGGAAGAAUAUCUAUACCUUGUCUGUGGCAAGCAAUUUGGAUUGUGAGCAUUACCAGUAAUGGGGUUUGCAAGCAGCGUUGGGAAGUACAGACUAGGGCGUACGAUUGGAGAAGGGACAUUCGCUAAGGUCAAGCUUGCUGUUAACAGCCUCAAUGGUCAAUAUGUAGCUAUCAAGAUCCUUGAUAAGAAAAUGGUCAUGGAGAGCCAUCUCAAGUAUCAGGUCCAAAGAGAGAUAAGAACAAUGAAGCUUCUGAACCAUCCCAAUAUUGUAAGAAUUCAUGAGGUUCUUGGCACGAAGACGAAGAUAUAUAUUGUGAUGGAGUAUGUAUCAGGAGGACAACUAUCAGACAAGCUGUCUUAUGCCAGAAAGUUGAAUGAAAAUGAAGCAAGGAAACUCUUCCAGCAACUUAUUGAUGCUGUGGAUUACUGCCAUAACAAAGGAGUUUAUCAUAGAGAUCUUAAGCCAGCAAACCUGCUUCUUGACAGCAAAGGAAAUCUCAAACUGUCUGAUUUUGGACUAAGCGCGCUGAGAAAGCCUGAUAAUGUUCUCACAACUGCAUGUGGUUCCCCAAGCUAUGUGGCACCUGAGCUGCUAUGGAACAAGGGCUAUGAUGGAGCAGCUGCUGAUGUUUGGUCAUGUGGGGUGAUCCUUUUUGAAUUACUUUCAGGUCAUCUUCCUUUUGAUGAUCACAACUUGAUGAACUUGUAUAAGAAGAUAUGUAGAGCAGAGUACACAUGUCCACCAUGGUUUACACUAAGUCAAAAGAAACUAAUUGCAAAGAUACUUGAACCACGAGUUACAAAGAGAAUAACUGUGCCAGAGAUGAUGGAAAAUGAAUGGUUUCAAACAGACUAUUUGCCUGCUUGUGAGUCUGAGUGUGAUCAGAACAUUCACAUGGAUGAUGUCAAUGCUGCUUUUGAUUCAGUUGAGGAGAAUAUCUUAGAGGCAACAAUCACCAAGUCCUCAAGUUUCAUCAAUGCUUUCCAAUUAAUAGCCAUGUCUCAGGACCUCGAUCUAUCGGGCCUUUUUGAAGAACAGGAUCACAAGCAGAAAACAAGACUAGGAUCCAAACACAACAUUUAUGAAACUGUAGGGAAAAUAGAAACUGCUGCAGCAGAUGUGAAGCUGUCAAUAGAAAAAAUGAACAACUUUACGUUAAAAAUGCACCCCAAACGAUUCAUGACUAGAUGUUCCAGAUCAUAUUAUGACCUGUCAGCUAAGGUGAUUGAAGUUGCUCCAGCUCAUUGUGUAGUUGAAAUAUCAAAAUCUACAGGAGAUUUAAGAACAUACAAAGAAUUUUGUGAAAGUCUAUCUAGUCUCCUGACAGAAAAAUCUGGUUCUGUUGCAUCAUCACCAUCCCAAGAGUCUGUGGAAGAAUGAAUCACUGGGAAAGCUAACCAAGAUACAGGGUGCUCUGAAGACUGUGAAGACAAUAAAGGCAUCCAUAGUUAUACAUCUUCCUGAAGAUUUUCUUUACCAAAUCUCUUCACAUUCUUCUUGUGAAUGAUUGUAAUAAGUGAGGGUCAGGCUUUGUGAAUGAAGAUAAACCAGAAUUUCAAAAUCAAUCCAAGCAUUUUUUCCCCCU